AUGACGCUGAUUGCCAAUAAUCUUCUGGUUCUUCUAUCAUUCUUUUGCCAUCUUCUUAUUCUCACCGCCCAGCAGGACCGACCUUAUGUUAAUCAAACCUGUUUCAAUGGCAAAGGAACGUACACAAACAAAAGUGCCUAUCAUACCAACCUCAAAACCCUUCUUUCCAAUUCCACCUCCAACACAAAAGAUGACUAUGGCUUCUACAAUUCCUCGUACGGCCAAAACCCCGACAUAGUUUACACAUCUGCACUCUGCAAAGGAGACCUUAUGCCAGAUGUUUGUCGCAGUUGCCUCAGACCUGAUUUUUACGAUGCAAUUCAUAAUCCAAAUAAUGUAGCAGAUGCCGACCAGUACACAGAUGUGCUUGAUCAGCUAAUGCAAGCUCUUAAGACCAAAGCUGCAGCUGGUGGUCCUUGUCGCAAGGUGGCUGUUGGAUACGCCUCAGCGACGUUUCAAUAUGUACACCGUCUUGCUCAGUGCACGCCUGAUUUGACCGAGCAAAACUGCGAGGCUUGCUUGGAAAAGGCGAUAUCAGAUAUCCCAAUUUGCUGUCAGAACAAGGUUGGAGGCAGGGUUAUCAAACGGAACUGCAAUCUCAGAUUCAAGAAGAACCGGUUCUAUGAUCGUAAUGUUGUUGAUCCAAUACAAGUAUCUGCAUCUCCUCCUCCUCCUUCCACUACUACUCCGUCACAAGGACCCGUCGGUUCACCCAACGUUCCAUCUACCAGAGAAGAUGAAGCUGAAAUAAUGGAUGACGAAGGCAUUAAACCAGCUGAUGAUUCGUUGCAAUUUGACUUUGAAACCGUUAGACUCGCUACAGAUAACUUCUCUGUUGCAAAUAAACUUGGACAAGGAGGAUUUGGGCUAGUAUAUAAGGGUAGGCUCCGUAAUGGACACGAAGUUGUUGUCAAAAGGCUGUCCAUGGAUUCCGGGCAAGGAGACUUGGAAUUCAAAAACGAAGUGUUAUUGAUGGCCAAACUUCAACAUCGCAAUUUAGGAAGAUUAGUUGGUUUUUGUUUAGAAGGAACUGAAAGGCUACAAAAUGAGUUUCUCCCCAAUAGAAGUCUUGAUUACAUGUUAUUCGAUCCAAUUUAACGAACACAUUUGCAUUGGGAAGUGAGUUACAAAAUUAUAGUCGGCAUUGCUCGUGGCAUUCUUUACCUACACAAAGAUUCAAGAUUAUGCAUUAUUCACCGUGACCUUAAAGCAAGUAAUAUUCUUCUAGAUAAAUAUCUAAAUCCAAAAAUAGCAGAUUUUGGCAUGGUGAGGUUAUUUGCUUUAGAUCAAACUCAUAACACUACAAGCAAAGUUGUUGGAACUUAUGGAUACAUGGCAUCAGAAUAUGCAAUACAUGGACAAAUAUCAACAAAAUUAGAUGUCUUUAGUUUUGGUAUACUGGCUCUUGAAAUUAUAAGUGGCCAAAAGAAUAGUAGCAUGAUUGAUGAGGAGGAUAUACAAGAUCUUUUAAGCUUUGUAUGGAAAAUCUGGAGGGAAGGGACAACCUCAAAUAUAGUAGAACCUGUGAUAAGUAAUAGUUCAAGGGAUGAAAUAAUGAGAUGCAUUCACAUCGCAUUACUAUGUGUUCAAGAAAAGGUAGCAGAUAGGCCUACCAUGGCUUCCAUUGAACUUAUGCUAAACAGCUACUCUUCGUCUAUCCCUUUACCUUCACGGCCUCCAUGCUUUAUGAAUUUCAGCAGCACGCUUGAGAUGCAAACUAGAGAGGAAGAUAAAGGAGAGGGAGUACAUAACUCUGCUCAACAAGCAUAAAAAUGAGGCCUCAAUUAGUGAACAGUUUGCUAGAUCUCUAUAGAAGUCUAGGUUUGGU